GCAGCAGAAGUCUUUGGUAGCAGAGUGCUGGUUGAGGAGUUCCUAAUUUUAUUUCUGUGAGGAGGGGAUGCUCUUCAAUGCCUUCUGGCCUGCCUGGUGUGAGCGCUCCUCUCUGCCUUCACAACACCCUGACACCGUGGACUUGGAUUUCUCCCAAAGUGCACAUCUUUUCUCUGUCCCUUACCUAGUGGCUAUGGGGGGGGAGCAUGAUCUCCCUGGUGGCAGACGCAAACACCACAGGAAGAAUGAGUGUACCUCCACCUUCACGGUAAUUAAUUUUACAUUGUCAUUGGUAGGUCCUGACUUGAAAAAUCUUCACUUGCGAAACUAAGCAGGUGGCUAUACAGUCAAGUUACUGUGCAGUUCUCAGCAAUUGUGGACAUCUCUGCUAUGGUAACAGACACACCACCAGAUAUCUGUUCAUUAAGCUGCAAAUACUUUGGAGUGUCAGCAGCCCCUGAUAUGCCAGCUCUGAUGGAACCCUCCAAGUCAUCCUUUUCUUGGUCCAGCAUGCCUCUGAUAGUUGAUUUACUGGACAGCAAAGAGUUGCUGGAAACUUGCCUUGAUGAUACCACCAGCCAACCUGGGGCUGGUUUGACAGCAAGAGCUCCAGAAGAGGCAGAUCUGAGCUUCCCUCAUCCUGGCACGAAGGAAACAGCUGCUGAGAAAACAGAGCCUGCUGUGUUUGAAGAGUCCUUAUUGAAACUGAAACAGAUGGAGACAGAGCCCAGCCCACUGCCAGCUUCCCCUUCCAACAUAAACAUCAAUGUCAGCAAGCAGGAGGAGGUGGUAAAACUGACAGAUAAAUGCCUGAACAAUGCAAUUGAGAGCCCAGCAAUGACACCGGUGUGGCAUCCUGCAGACUUAAAGAGCAACAUCCUGAAGGCCCAGGCCGAGGCAGUGCACAAGGUUAUGAGAGAUGACAGCAUGUUGGGGAACAAGAGCUCAAGUGUUCAGGAAGCUGCUGCCAGCAAUCCGUUAAAUGAGGAUAAAGCUGCCCCUGUCCCCAAGGAGCCCCUGACUUCAGCUAAUCUGGCUCCAGCAGAGGAGACUACAGUUGUAAAGAGCUCUCCGGAGGACCAGGAUGCUUUGCCAACAUCACUGACAGAGAAUCUCAUUGACUUCACAGAAGCUGUACCUCGGGUGUCUUCCCAGCCCACGAUUACACCGAGGUGGAUAGUGCCAAGUGGACUGGUUCUCAAUGGGCCUUUAGGGAAUGAUGUUGCCUUAACUCUCAAGGCAGUGAAAGGCAGCACUGAGGCAUUGUCCCCAUCAUCCGGAUCCCCUCCAUCUCAGCGGUCAGCCGAAGCUCUUGUGAGCCCCGUCACAGAGGAUCCUGCAGUUAGGCCAAAAUGUUUACUCACCACUGAACUCUGAGCAGAAGGAGAUUCACCGCUGAGAACUGGGACUUCCUGCAUUCUCCGAGGAGCCCUACAACAGGACUGACUGGGGACGAAGCUCUAGCUGAAUGGUGGCCACACGUGACCAGCUGCUUUGCCAAGAACCUCAAGGGGAAACUUUCAGUUUAUUGCAGUUCAGCUGGACUGAUGCUAUAAACUAGGAGGUAAAGCUCCACAAAAGCACGAGCUUCUCUCUCGGGAGAAAGGAAAUAGGCACACUGGAACUAGUUCUGGGCCUGAAUAACAAAAUCUAGCAGAGAUUCUGUUCACAUUAGGCUUAGUCUGAUUAACUUUUGCUGCUUUGUAGACGUAAAUGGAAAUUGUUUUCUGUGAUACCAGCCUGUAGCUUUAUGAGAAGCUGUGGCCUAAAGCUUCAUUACGGGACAGCGGGAGGAAUAGGAGGACUCCUAGAGCCACCUGGUGGCCAUUCUGUUAACUGGGGCUGAAAGUAAUAAUGGCAGUUCUCUGCAGCCAGGGCCAGUCUUUUGUGUAAUGAUCCUGUUUUUCUCGAGUCAACACAGACAAACCUCCUUGGCCUUAAUCCACUUCAUCACCGUUGCACUUUCUCUUUGGUCCCUGAAAAGAACCAAAAAUCCAGUGUCUCAGUGAUCCUUUUCCUCGCUGACUGACUGGAUUCAAGCUGCUUUUUUUAACCUAGGAAAAGGAGAAUUAACUUGCCCAGAAGCCUGGUGUUACUAGUGUCACAGGGAGGCCCCACAUGUUAUCUAAGACACCUUAAUGUCCUGUACAACUUGCAAAACACAUUAGAUAUAUUUUGGGGCAUAGACCUGCAUUCAGGUUUGGAUGGCUGAGAACGAAAGGCGUGAGCACAAGGGCUGCUCUGGAGCCCUUCUUUUUGUUGUAAGUAAAGGACUGGAUUUCUAUUGCUGUUUCUGGGGCGGUUUCUACUGGUUGUGUUUUGUGAAUGCUCGACUGGCUGGCUCAUGGCACAAGUAUAUGCAUGGUCUGGUUAUUAAUGUCUCCUUGAACCCUGUUCCAACCCCCCUGUGUCCCUGCGGGAGGAGGAGAGAGUGGAAAGAGGAACAACAGUCACUUUGGGGCAGUUUUUUAACUCAGAGUAGGCGAAGGCAGUUGAUAAAAGGACAGCCUGCUGCUAAGUGCUCGCCUGCCCAGGCUAGUGGUGAAAGCUUUGGCUCUAUGUACUUGUAGUAUUAGAUACAACAUGCCAAUUGAAAGCUGUUGGAGCUCCAAGCGGCAGAGUCCCCUGUUGAAACCACAGAGAUGAGCACUCGCAUACAACGGUAAUGGGUGCUAGAGAAAAUACGAAGGCACAUCAGUUGGAGUCCCACAGGACCCCAAGGGUGAGGUGAAUCCCAUGCCCUCUGUUAUCAGUGCUGUCUCCUAACAGGAAGCCCUGGUGAAAAUGAGUGGGGAUCAUGUCUUUCCAGCAGGGGAGCAAGUUUCUGUCCUUGGGACUUGUGCUACAGGCUGGUGUCUGCAUACUGCUCUAUUGUAUGAAAGUUAUUCACAGACA